AUGGCCUCGACCACCGUCGGCAACCCCACCUCGAGGGCAAAGGCGUCGAUAGCGACCGCCAACACCCGCACCGGUGCUUACAACUUCAACAAUGCGAUGGGCACCGUGCCUGCUUUGACCUCGACCCGGACGCUGGCCAUCACCCAGUCCGCCUUCAGCUCAUUCGCGACGCCCCAGAUCGUGGUCCCUUUCCCGUCGCAGUAUGCCCACCAGGUCCAGCUAGCCUACACCUUCAGCGACGUCCCCGUCUACACCCGCACGCCCAACACCUUUGGCGGCGUCGAAGCGACGAACGGCUACGCCUCGAUGGUAGCCCUGGCGACGGCGACGGCAGGUAGCGGUUCGGGCUCAGGAGGAGGCAGCAGUAGCGGAGACAAAGGCGGCUUUCAUUGGCCCGUAUGGGCGACCGCCGUUUGUGCUGGUGUCGGUGGUGCGAUCCUCUUGACGGUGAUCGUGGCCUGCUGCUGUUGGAGGAAGCGCGCGGCGCGAAGGAAGCGCGAACGUCAGCAACACCAUCGCAACCGCGUUAACUCGAACACCACCCGCAACGCCGAGACCGAGCGAUCCAAGCUUAGGAACGACAAGGCCGCUGCGGCUGCGAUGCUGUUCGAGACCGAAAAGGCGGGACUGCACCCGAGUCGCAUGCCGGCGAAGCAAACGGGACAGCGCGAUGGCCGUGAGCGCAUCCUGUCGAACCACUACUUGGACAAGGUCAAGCCGAACGAGCACUCCGACUACGACUACCGUCCCACUGACUACCCUGCCCCGCUGCCGCCUGCCGAUCUACGUGGGGUGGCCUCCCAUGGCUCGCCGCGGCGCCACAACCAGUACUUUGUCCACCCGGAUGCCGAGUCGCCGCAACGAUCGCUCGAUCCCGAGGCCUACGGACCGUUGCCGCUGCACCAUGGCGUGGACUGGUCUGAGCACCGACGCAUGAUUUCGGGCGCAAGCGACGAUACCGGCUACACGACCCCCGACGAGCGAGCGAGCACGCGCACCUCCCUCGACGGCAGCCCCUCGGGACUUCUCGCCAAUGCUGCGCCUCAACCUCGUAGUCGUUCUCACGGACGCAUCCGGGGUGAACGACACAGCGCCGAUUAUGCUGCUGCGGGUGAUCAAGCUCACCUGACCUCACGCUCUCGACCCUUGUCAUACCCGGCCGCAUUGUCGGUCGGUGGUGGCACGGCCCCUGCAACGAGCGACAUCGAUAUCGGGCAGAGCCUGCUCGGGAGUGCGAUGUUAAUGGGGGGUGACCCAGAGGACGAUCCGUCGCGCUUGCGAGUGAACAACAGGUCGGCACGGCUAUCGCAGAUCUCACGAUCAACCGGUCGAUCGACCAACUCGGGCGCACUCGGUGCACUCACUAACAGCAGUCAGUCAUUGGUCGACCGUGGAUCGUUCGAAACGUCGCGGAGUACAAACAGCCAGGAGGCUGCAGGUUCCAGAUCGAGAGCCGUCGAGGCGCGCCGAUCAAAGGAUCUUGGUCGCCGCGAAUCGCCCAACAAUGAGUAG